GUGAAACUCAGCUUUCUUCAAUGCUGCUCAAAGAUAAAAUCUUCAAGCUUAAUGCAAAACCAAGUUCUUACUUUCUCUUUUCUCGUCACUUUCAUAUCAUAUAUACUUUUUUCUUUUAACAAAGGGUUCUGCUACUAUCUUUUAUUAAGGAAGAUUGUGAGAGUUUGAAAUUUGUGUUAGCCUUUUUAAGUUUAUGCAACAUUUUCCUCCAAGAAUGGCAGCAACGACUCAAAAGUGCAGGGUGUUGGAGAAAAACAAGUAUUGGAAAGAAUUCGAAUCCAACAGGCACCAGUUUUUCAAAAUAUUGGUUGGUGAUUUUAGAAAUCAUCUGAGGGUACCCAAAAAGUUUACGGAAAAUUUCAGAGAGAAAUUGUUGGGAACAAUCCACCGUAGAGGUCCAAGCGGAUUCAUGUGGACUGUGGAAGUCGAGAAAAUGUUUAACCACGUGGUUUUUCAAAAUGGUUGGCCAACUUUUGUAGAGGAGCAUAGGUUGGAAAAGGCUGAUCUGCUUGUUUUCCGCUAUAUUGGCAACUCGGCGUUCAAUGUAGUUAUAUUUGAUUCAAGUGGGUGUGUGCGAGAAGGAUCAUACUUUGUUAGGGAACACACCAAUGCCUGUUCAAAUGACGGAUGCGUGUUAGACAAGGAAGAUGGAGAAGACUGUGAAGAUAUUAUAGACUUGGAGAAACCCCAUAUACAGAAAAGGAAGAUCAAGAAGGGAAGAGGAAGACCAAGUUCAAAAGCUGUUGACGCUGAUAAUCGUCAUCAAUCGAAGGCAAGGGAGGACAAGCAGCCUCGAGCUCAAAAGUUGGCAAAUCUGCUGUCGAGAGGGAAAGGAAGACCGAGCUCAAAAGCUGUUGACACUAAUCACCAUCAUCAAUCUAAGGCAACAGAGAAAAAGCGGCCUCGAGUUAUAAAAUCUGCUGUUGAAGGGGAAGUAUCGAUCGAUGAACCGGAUGGAGCCCCAGGGUGUGCAAUGGAGGACUGUGUAGAACAAAGUAAGGAGCCUCCACAUCAGAGGUACAUGUUUGGUGAUGUUAGAAGAACUUUGUUGAGAGUCCCUCCUCAAAACAAGGUAUGGGAUGUAAGAAUCAGAAGCUCCAUAUGGGGAACAGCAUUCACCAGAGGAUGGGCCAAAUUUGUCUUGGAUAACAACUUGGGAUCUCAUGAUACUUGUGUUUUCGAGCUCAGUGAUGAAGGCAAAGCCAACGGUUAUACCAUGGUCUUUGAUGUCAUCAUAUUUCGAGUUUUGGAUGAGAUUGUCCCCUUGAAAAAGUUCUCGCGGACACAGACUCGCACUGCUUGGUUCUGAGUUCUGACAAUAUGUAUGUAGGAAGUAGUUGAGAUUUUUAGGAUUUGGAUUUCUCUGAUGAUACUGUUCAAGAUCUUCAGAAGCACCUUAUAGGCCAUAUUUUCGAGAAAAUUAGUUCUUGAAUCAUCAAUAUUUUGUUGAUGAUGACACAUGACAGUAGUAUUCUAUGUAGCUUAUGAACUUGUUCAUGCUCUAAUUCUAAGAUAUUAUGACUUGGUGGA